AUGAAUGAAUUGAAGUUGCUAUCCAGCACAGUCAACGCUCUGAAAAGUGACUUGACUCCUACGGUAUCAACUCCAAAUUUAAUGGACGAACUGAGUUCAGAGCCAGUGAUACAUCCGGAGCUGACUCGCAAUGAUCUAGAUGAAGCUUCAGCUGAAAACGACACAACAACCUGGCGUGUAAUGGGGCCAAACAAAGUGUUGUGCUCUGAAUACGUAGAACUCAAAAGAGCACAGGAGCAAAAAGCGAUGUGGCGUAAAAAUAAGAAUAGCAACAAUACAAACAAUAACAAAUACAAAAACAACAAUAAUUUCAACAACCAAAACAAAAAUAGCAACUUCAAUAUCAACAGAAGAUACAACAACAAUAAUUUCAACAACAAAAACAAUAAUACCAGCAACAAUAACUUCAUCAACAAAAGACACAACAACAACGACAUAAGCAGAAAAAUGGUCAACAUAAGCAGAAACAACAAUUUCAAUGGAAACAACGACAAUAAUUACAACCAUAAUCGCAUGAACCACAAUGAUCGGAACGGCUUUAUGAACCGGAAUAAAUGCGGAAAUAAUAGCAACAAGAAUGUCAACCAUAACGCGCACAACCAUAAUCACAAUCUUCCGCCGGAGAGUACCCUUCUCGGCGCGGCCAAUACGGUCUCGUCCGUGGUCCGUCGAUUGAGUCAACGAAGGGCACGCCGAAGCUUCAUCGAUAGCGUCCAGAGAGUGGCAAGCCGCCAUCUCGACCAAUCGAGGCGUCUCGCGACCCCGCCAUCGUCCCGAGUCGAUCAAGCUACCAACCCGCCAUCUUCCUACCAAGCCGUCGUCGACAACCAACUCACCUUCUGCUGCGAGCGCUCGCCAUCGUCGUCCAGAAAAACCCCCGUUUCUACACCCGUUGUUCCGCGUAGCCCCUCCGAAUUACCCAGUAGCAUGCCGGCCCUGCGACACAGUUCAGGGGUCUCAUGUUACUGA